GGUGUCGCGCAGGUCGUCAGUGUGGUGGGUGGGCGUUCCUCUGAGUUCGUUCGCUGACUGUUGAUGCUGAGAAGAUUUUAAUCCUCCACGACGAGCUCUCCUGAUGUUUCUUCCUACUCUUGUGGAGGACAUGCAUCACUUUAAGCCUAGUCGAGACAGACUGUACACCACCAGGUGUUGUGGAUGUUGCCAUGUCCGGACGGGGACCAUCAUCCUGGGAACAUGGUAUAUGGUUGUCAAUCUGUUGAUGGGCAUCCUGCUGACUGUAGCUGUGACCCACCCAGAGAACGUGCCCACUAUUGACUUGCAGUAUGAGGUCAUCGACCAUUACUUUGCCUCCGACAGGAUGUCUGAGAAUGCCUGUGUUGGAUUUGCCAUCUCUCUGCUGAUGCUCACCAUCAGCGCCAUGAUGGUGUAUGGAGCCAUUACUCAUCGUGACGGCUGGCUCAUCCCGUUCUUCUGCUACCAGCUGUUUGACUUUGCUCUGAGCUGCCUGGUGGCCAUCAGUUCUCUCACCUACCUCCCCAGGAUCAAGGACUACCUGGACCAGCUGCCGGAUUUCCCAUACAAGGAUAACCUCCUCUCUCUGGACUCCAGCUGCCUGCUGCUCUUCGUGCUCGUCUUCUUCGCCUUCCUCAUCAUCCUCAAGUCUUACCUGAUCAACUGUGUGUGGAACUGCUACAAGUACAUCAACAACAGGAACAUGCCAGAGAUUGCUGUUUACCCGGCCUUUGAGACCCCUCCCCAGUACAUCCUGCCCACUUAUGAGAUGGCAAUGAAGAUGCCAGAGAAGGAGCCACCUCCCCCUUACAUGCCUGCUUAAGCACCAGCCCCUGUUGCCAAAACACACACGCACACAUGCACACACACACACACCACCAUACCACCAUAUGCAUUCCUACCUUCCUUCACUAACCCUUUCUGAGCACCAUUACGCCCUUAUCCCCCCCCUCCCCUGACCUACUGUAUAUGUGUAAGGCCACUGACAACGAUUUGUUCAGCCCUACCCUCUGUAUUACUACAGAGCGUCUAUAGAGCAUCCAGGAGGUGUGAGAGGAGAAAGAUGGGAAAGACUGAAAUCUGUGUGAAAUGAAUGAAUGAAUGUGAUGUUUGAAAAAGCAACGGACGCUACCAGCCCUCCCUCCCACCCCCCUGGCCUUUUUUAUGUCUUAGUAAAAGGGAUACGUGUGAAAAUGAAAUUGCUUGAAAUGCUAUCAUCAAUCCAGCACCAUCCUAUCUAUAGAUUGAUAUGAAGUGUAAAAAGAAAAAAAAAAUAUUAUGACAAUCCAUUUAUUAUAGCUCUUAUUGUUGAAUUGUGUUACUUUUUCCCUUUUAAUUAUUAAGACCUAGACUAUUCCAUCUCAGUCUUGAAUGGAGUCUGUAGCACUUUUUUCGUCUGGUAUUUAUUUAGCUUCGCUGUGGCUCAGUUCACCACCACCCCUGACAUUUUCAUCACUCUCUGCUGCCCCGAUGUGUUAGCAAAGUUAGUGAUUAGUUUCCCAGCUGAGACUGAAAGACAGACGAAGCGCGAGAGAGAGAGCAGAGGGCACCGAUGAUGGAUCAUUUUCUCUGCUUCCUUCUCACCUGUCAUCUGGAGCAAACGGCUGGUCUUGUGAACAUUAGUAUUUGCAUGCUUAUCAACAACUUCCCCCAUUACUUUAUUGGUAAUAUGAUUUUAUCCUAGUGGAAAUACAUUUGACUUCAAUAAACGUUUCAGAACAUUUUA